AUGAAUAAUCUUUGUUAAUAACAUGGGAAUCAAAGUAUUACUCAUAUAUGCACUUAUAAUCAUAAAUGCUAAAAACUUAUGUGUCCUCUAAGUUAAUAUUAGCAUUAAAAAAUUUAUCCUCAAUAAAAAACAAUCCCAAUAGAUUUAUAUGUUCAAAAUUUAAAUAUAGAAGUUAAUAAUAUUGAGGAAUAUUAAUACGAUAUUCUUCUUAUUGAAAAAAAAUAACAAUGGAUUUAAAUGAAAUUUAGUUAAGAAUUCUUUAAUUUUGUGAGAGCUAAUACUUGAAAUUAAAUUAUAUUUGGAGGAAUUAAAUUAAAAGAUAACAAAUAUAAAGAAUUAUUUCAGAAGCAUCCUUUAGAAAUAAAAUUAAAAGAUCUUCAUAAAAUAUCAAAAAUUUGUUACAAUAAAUUUUGAGAUAAGUGACAAAAAUAAAAUAUAGCAUUAUCUAAAUAAUAAUGAAAAAAUUCGAUUUAAUUUAUUCAUAUUUUAAUAAAUAAAUAGGUAUAUUGGAGACUCAAACAAACAAAUUAGUGGUAUGAAGAAAUAUCAAAUAAUAUUGAUGAUGAUUUUCCAAUUGAGUAUGAGUAGAUACAAAUACAUUUUUUUUUAUGGAAUAAGCAUGGAUAGACCAGACCUACUAUAAAAAAGACGGUAUUAGGAGUAAGUAAUUAAAUUGAAUCAUAUUAAAUUAGUAUGGUUCUAUAAUAUUAAAUUAAAAUGAAAAUUUCUAAAAUUAAUCAGGCCUUAUUUUAUUUCAACAAAGAUUAAGGUUAACACAUUUUCAAAUCAAAUACUAAAUGAUGAAGGAUAACUCUGGUAUAUUAAAGAUGGAGAAAUAUUAAAAAUGUAAAUAAUUUUAGAGAUAAUAUUCAUAACUUAAAUGAGAUUCAUGAUAUAAAUAGAAACUUAGAAUAAGUAAAACAUAUGAGAUGGAAGGAUAAUAUGGAUUAGAAUUUUAGAAAAUUGGUCAAUGGAAUGCUUUUUGGUCGGGUAAAAAACUAAAUGUUGGAAGUCUAUAUGAUGAAUAAGGAUUUAAGAAAGGAUAAUGGAUUGAAUAAUUAGAGAUUUAUCAUAAGUAUAUAAUAAUAUAAAUUUAAUUUAAUUAUUUAACAUUAAGUAAUUUAAAUUGUUAAAUUAAUAUUUAUAAUUAUAAAGAGGAGAGGGUUAAUAUGAUUUAUUAGAAAUAAAGGUAGGAAUUUGGGUAGAAUUGCAUAAAAAUUAUAAUAAGUUGUAUUUAUUUUAUUAUUUUUGUAGUAAAAACUAAGUAUUUUAUAUUGGUCAUGGAAGAAAAUCUGGUACUUGGGAAACAUAGAUUAAAAAUGAAACUUAAUUUGAAUCUAGACGGCUGAAUAUUUUGAAUUAUUUUAAGAGGAGGUGGGAAUUAUAAUUAAUAAAAUGGUUUGAAGAUUGGUGAAUGGAUAGAACCUUAUAUUAAAUUUUAUAAGUAUUAAGAAAUUGGUAUAUAUAUUUUAUUAGUUCUUGCAAAUUAAUGUACAUAAAUGGAUAAACCAAAGAAAAUGGGAUAUUUAUUUACAAGAUCAGAUUAUGA